GCGUUGUUGACUUGUUGUUUAGUGCGCAUGCGUAAACGAUCGAUCACUCAGCCACAAUAAUGAUUGGUCGGAUCUGUGUCUCUCUCAUGGGUGUAGUUCACUUGUUUGCCUUGCCUUUACUUUGGUUCUUGUUUCAACCUGUAUCUUUGAUAAGGACCACCACUGCCUCAAAUAUGUCAUCCUACAACAUGGAGCCUUUCAAAGGACAACACCUCAACCCUGCUCCUCUUCUAUCCUCUGUUCUUCCGACUUCUACCUCGCUACCAAGUUGCUUUUCUGAUAAAUAGGAAAAGAUUCUUGUCGUGGAUCUCUUAUUAUCAGAACUGAUAUCAAU